AUGGAUAGUAACUGCUUCAAUCCUAUAGAUGGUAGCAAUUCUUUAAAUGAUCAUUUACAGGAAAUCGAAACUGAUACCGAAAAUAAUAAUGUCUUCAAUCCUACAGAUAGUAGUAAUUCCUUAAUUGACGAUGUCCAAGAACCUGCAGAUGAUAAUACUGCAAAUAAUAACUGCAUCAGUCCUACAAAUAGUGGCUAUUACUUAAACCGCAAUUGCAACGAAAAUAUAAAUAAUACAUCUAUUAUCUGCUCUAAUUCUUUAAAUAAUCCUCGACUAUGGAAUAGUCGCCACAUUGAGUUUAUAAACCUACUUAUGAAGGAACUUUAUGAUAAGAUCCUAAAAUAUAGUAAAGCCUCAAGAAAAGAAAAGAGCAACGAGAUAGAUAAUAAAAAGUUAUCGACCUACGGUAGAAUUGUACAGUUUCUUCCAAGCAUGGAUGCCGAUACUAUAGCUAAGAAGUAUGGAGAAGAACAUCUGGCUAAAGAAGGUGUAAAGAAAUCGUUCAGGUAUUAUUCACGUCGAAAAGCGUCUAAAUUUAUUGGCGCAACGCCAUUAAUACCAAAUCAUCAGAGAGAAGAUGGAUUGGCCGUCUUCUUUGCCAUUAUUGCUGUCGAUAUUUGCCGUUGCUGGCAACAGCAAAUAUCUAUUAUAAGUGACAAAAACGCUUAUUGUUCUAUGACCGCUUUCGUACAGGAUAUUGUCCAAUAUUGUUGCGAAGCACUUAAAGCAACACUAAAAUAUUUUAUGGAAGGGCUAUAUUGCGAUACUCCAAAAGGAAAGACUGUGCAAUUUUGGGUACGUGGCCAAGUUGCAGCUAUACGCCUUCCGUCUCAAGAAAAUGAUAUAACAGUCAACACUGUCAAUUUGUUACGUAGAGUUCAUGUUAAGAGCAACAAAAAUGGAAAAUACUAUUUUCCAUCUGGUAAGAAUAAUGUUUUUAAACGAAUUGCACGUAGACGUUCAGCAAGAAUAAUAAAUUACAAGCAAGAUAAAAUUACAAAGCAAUGUGGAUACAAGCUAGAGAGCUUAAUAUAUCCUAACGAGUUACUAGCUAAUCAAAGUUACACAUCUGUGAAUAAACCAGUCAUUGAAGCUGAGAAUAACGAAACCUUAUGUAGUGUUGAUAGCUUUGUUAAAUUGAAAAAUAUUGCCAAAGAUUUUGUAUUUAAUAUUAUGGACAGAAAUCUUCGAAAAGGGUACCGAACUCUAUCAAAAUCAUUACCUAAAAAUUUGUGA